CGCAGAAAGGCUGUUUUUAUUUUUCACCUAUUUGACGUGGAAAAUGUGCCACUGAGAUUCAGAGCCAAAUGUCUCCUUACCAGAAAAAGUGCAUUUCCUACAGAAAAUGCUGCGUUAAUGUUGAGUUACUGGGAAUGAUACUGCAACUACAUCUCAUGGAUUUCUGGGUACAUUGAUUUUCCACUGAGAUCUGGGAGAGAAGGUGAACUGACAUGACUUGACAAUGUCAACAACAUGUCUGGAUGGUUCCAAAAACUUUUCAAGUCAAAGGUAUUUUUAGCAACACAACGUGACCCAGAAGCUAAAGUGACAGGUGUAUCACCAUCACUUUCUCCUCCAUCAUCAUCAUCAUUAGAGACAGCUCCUUUUAAACCACAAAAGCUGCCGUCUGCCCUGAGCUCACAAACAAGAUGGAGAAGAAAAUAUGAUUUGCUCGUGUGCCACAGUGUCGCUGACAUCGACAUUGAAGAGGCCAAACGUCUGGUCUCUUUCCUCGAGGCUUCCCCCUGCAGCCUCAGGUGCUUUCUGUGGCAGAGAGAUGUGUGUCCAGGAAGUGCAGUUCCCACAGAAUUCUGCCAGGUUGUCCAGGAGUGCCACUUACAAGUGCUGCUUAUCACUCCCAACUUCCUCCAGGAAGCUUGGUGCAUGUAUAUGAUGCACCAGACUCUGGCAGAGGGUCCUGUAUCCAAUCGGCUGAUUCCCUUGAUACUGAACCUUUCCCACGCUCAGUAUCCUCGGGAACUGAAGUUCUACUUCUAUAUUAACCUGAGCAGAAACACUGGCCAAGCUUAUAGUCUCAUCAACAAGACUGUGCUCAAAUACCUAGAAGACCAAGUUAAACAUGAGAAGACACAUGACUGCAGCAUGGACAGCACUGGCAACAUAAUAAGUGGUGCAGACGACAGAUGAAAUAUUUAAUGAUGUCUCCUCUAAUACACAGUAAUUUAAGGACAGGAUUCUCCCGUAUAAGACCUACUGUAGUACAGUGCUAGAGAAGGUUGCAGUUAAUCUGCUGUUAUGAGCUCAUACCGUGGGAACUUGUGCUUGCUGUCAUAGCUUGUAACCAGCAAUUAAGCUAAAUUGGAGAGCCUAUGAAUUAGAUUCAAUAGAGGAGGACUGAGUUGGAGCAUUUUGAGAAACAGUGGAGCGUCUACGUGGAUUCUGUGGACGGCAGCAUUACACCUCUCAGUGCACAGCCAGCUGGAAAUUAUUAAUAGAAGAAGACAAAUCAUGGCCAUUAACUUGUAACCAAAACUGUAUCAGGACUGAAGUCUCAGGUAGUGUCAUUCCCAGAGACUGAGACCAGAGUUUGGAUUUAUUCUCCACCUAAAGGUGUACCUAAUAAAGUGACCAUGUGGUUGGGUUUA